GAAAAGCGUUAGGGGAACUGGCCUCGGGUGCAUUCACCAUAGCCAAGUCUCUACUUGUAGUACGAAUGUGAAAAGAUUCGGAAGACCAUCAAUGCCAUUGUAGAUUUUUUUUUAAAUAGCAUGCAUUGUCUUGACUCGUCCAUCUAGCUCGGGGGUUGUUCUGACACGAUCAACGUGCAAAAAAAAAAGGAGAUGGUCUCAAAUAUAAAAGGACCUGCACUGAAUGGGUGCGCUUGCACAAGGUCCACAGUUCUCUCUCUUGACAAGAAACAAAAUGUUCAAAGGCUCUCCAUCUGCAACCCGCCGCGAACUUGGCCUGUUCUUUGCAGGACUCGUUGCGCUUUUUGGUGGCUUUGGCGUAGCAGUUUCUCUAAUAAAGUAUGAUACGGAGUGCCGUAUCACCUAUUGCAUGGACAAACCCGUCGGAAACGAUCGGCAUUGGAUGGUUCUUAAUUCGGUUUAUGUAUUUUACUCUUACAUCCUGGCUGUCUGCAUUGCAACGUUCAUUAUCCGUCAGUUCUCGAGCCUUGACUCUUUUUUCCGGCGCCGGCUGGCAAUUCCCUUUGGCGUCCGCCGCGUUCAUCUCCCAUUCUCCAUCGGCGAGGGACUCUUCCUAUCCACAGCCCUUGGUGUACUUUUGUGGAAAUUCGCCUACUUUGAAAUGUACUAUUAUCGCAGCGGUGUCAAGCCAAAGGGCAAAAACAGUUACAUGUUUCAAUGGUUCAACCUGUUCAGCCAUUCAACAGGAAACCCGCUCGACAUGUUCAUUGGGUUUGUUCUCAUCCCAGUCUCACGCAACAGCCCUGUGGCAACGUUGUUGAAGGUUCCGUUUGAUGGUGCCCUCCGGAUUCAUCGGUUCUUUGGGUACUGCAUGUUCGGGUGGAGCGUUAUGCACGCGGCAUCCUUCUUUACAAAGAUUGGCCUUUCGGUCCAAACCUACGCUGAGGCUCUGUUUGCUACGAGCGUUGCGAAGCCAGAUAUCCACAGUUACAGAGACCUGAUGGGUCUUUGCGCAUUCGUAUGCUUUGUCAUUGGAUCUUUAUCAUCUCUUCCCUUUAUCCGGAGGCGCCACUUCAACACCUUUUACAUUCUGCACGGGUUUAUGUUGAUCAUGAUCCUGUUUGCUUGUUUGCAUGGGUCCACCAACUUUUAUUUCGCUGUGCCCGGUAUCAUUCUCUGGAUCGUGGACAUUGCAAUCCGUGCCACGGGGAGGUGGAACCCACAAUUGUCCAUCGACAAGGUUGUACGGGAGGAGCCAGGUUACCUUCGUCUCGAAAUCCAAGCGACUCGACCAUGCUCCUACACACCAGGUCAAUACAUCUUCCUCAACAUACCUCGCAUCUCGACACUAGAAUACCACCCUUUCAGUCUCUGUGGCUCUCCAACAUCCAACCGUUUCACUAUCCUUGUUGGGCCAUCCGAAAAACCCAAAGAAUGGACUGCCAAACUUUACGACGCGCUAACACAGCCCAAAGACAUGGAAGCAGGGUCAAUGAUCCACACGUCUGUCCACAUUGAAGGCCCGUUCGGACAGUGUGGGUUCGAUGUCACUCAGGCUGACGUUGUAGCAUGUUUUGUAACGGGGACGGGUGUGGCACCGGCAUUUGGACUCGUGCAGUGCGUGGAAGCAUUGAGACGCAGUGGGGAGGGUGGCCGCCUCAAAAAACUUUUAGUAUUUUGGAGCAUCAGAGCCAACGGGGCACAACGAACAAGCGCUGUGAAUCAGCUGUUGGCGUCCCCCCAAUUGGCCGGUAUACUCGAGUUUCACAUCUUUAACACAACCGUACAUGAAAUCAAUGUCACGACGACAAACGUAUCAUCGAAAACUCUGGAGGAAAAACUCGACGAGGGACUCGAGACUGAGAACGGAUCUCUAACAGUCACACCUCACCGAAUGUCCCCUCACACCAUCUUCCAGUCUCAAAUAAUACCACACCUUGCACCGUCUUCCCGCCUAGGCGUCUUUUUGUGUGCCGCAGAGGGUCUUGCAAAAAAUGUGCGGGAUGAGGUGGCGGACUUGAAGCGAGAUGUUUGGGUACAUGAGGAGAGUUAUCAAUUUUGAUUGCUCUGUAAUGACAAUGUUAAUAGGACAAGUGGGGGUUGGAAAUUGGAAUAAAGGUUUAGACGCUGGUUGAUCCUCGUCUUUUGCCGUCAAUAAAAACACAAGAUUAUCCAGAACCGC